AUGUUGAUUCUGACCCAAACAAAAAAAAAUAUAAAUUGGGAGGGAAGAUAUUUCGCGCAGUUUGGAUGCCAUGGCAUCCGAGCCGAAAACGUUGUUGACAGUGCGUGGUUUGGUGUUACUAAAGAGAUGAUUCAGGACAUGGAGACAUUCCUUCGGGAGAACUUCACACUUCACGAUCAGGAUGUCUUACUCAAGGCCUUCUCGGAUGUUCGGGCAUCUGAUAAUCAGCCGGAUACACUUCGCCAAGCUUCCGUGAGAUCCAUGGAGUAUUUGGCAGAUUGUGCAUACCUAUACUCGACUCUAGUACGCGAGUCUAAGGAUCCCAGGUUGGUUUUGCGCAUUACUAUAGAUACCUGUGUUCCACUUUUUAGAGCAACAUAUUUCAAAAGAUUCGACUGUAUAAGACGGACUACUCGAGGGAUGUUGUUUUUCUCGAAUGGUCCGUCAUGGUUGAGAAUGGAAAAAUUCUCUGUCCGACGACUUCGAUUUCUCCUUGCCCCUACUGGCUUGCCUUUUGCUCGCUCCCCUCUGUCCCCGCAGGCUCGUCCUCUGCCCCGCCAAGCAGCGCCCUCCCCCGGCGGUCCCACCCUCUUCUCCCGCCAUGAGUUUAUUUUACAGUAUCUGCUAAGUGCUGCACUGAGAAUUAAGGAGACUAAAUUGGGAAAAAUACGGAAGGAAGUUUAUCCGGUUUGGCUGUCAUGCGAUGUGGGCAGAAGGGAAAAGAACUCUGGUGAAUCCGGUGAGUUUGAUCUUCCACCACCUGAAAUGAUAAAUGAGAUGGAAAUGUUCCUUGAGAACCACUUGACUGUCAGAGAACGUCACGAUGGAACAUCAAACUCACUGGAGUCAUGUUCCCUUCUGCCCAUAUCGCAUGGCAGCCAAACCGGAUAA